AUGAGUGUCACUCCAUCCUUACCACAAUUCACGACAACACCUCCUCCUCCCUCAUCAUCAGAUCCUCCACGUCGUCGAUUCGGUUCAUUCAACAGUAAUACACCUUCGAAAGGAUCAAUCCUGCCAUCUCGAAACACAAGACCAUCGUCGUCUUCAUCAACCAAUUCAUUCAACUCAUCGACCAAUCCGAAUACUGCUGCUGCCUUGGUUCCUCCUCCACUCGGACCACAACGUACCAGAUCUGGUUCAUCUGCAUCUUCAGUGGCAUCCGCAUCCACCUCCACUCCUACGCCCAUCGCUAACGGAAAUGGUUAUAACCAGAAUGGGAUACAAGGACCAGGGGGGGUACAGGGUCAAGGUCCAGCAGCGUUCGAUAUUGGAUUAGCAGCUGAUAAAGCACAACAAUGGUUGUCAACGUGGGCACCCAGAGGUGAAGGUAGAUCAAGAGAAUUCUUAACAAACACUUUAAACGGUGUUGCCAGUGUAGCAAGUCAGGUCAGUAGCAAUCUGAAUCGUGAUGGUCUCAGUGGAGUCGUGGGUAGAUCAAAUAGUUUCGCUUCACAAACUCCCUCGGGUCAAGGAUCAAUCUCGAAUCCAGGUAGUACAGCCUCACCUUCAACUUCUCCAGAAGAAAGAUUCGGUAAUGGUUCCAGCAGUAAUAUGUCAACUUCAUUUUCAAAUUCAAAUUCAAAUUCAAAUUCAACCCCUGAUGUCACUACUCCUCCCCCCACGCUGGGUCAUACUUCAUCUACGCCUGCUAUGUUAGGUGGACAACCUCUCGCAGGUGGAGGAGGUAGGAGGAUCCCCCAACCUGCAAAUUUAGCUAGAUUAGGUCAAUCAUCAUCAUCUGCCACAUCUACACCGACCAUAUCAAAUACAAACUUGAAUACGAAUGCAACAUCUGGAAUCUCCAAAUCGAUCAAAAAUAAUUCGAGUACAACUUCAUUACCUACGACUGUAUCUAGAACAUCUACAUCAAAUUCAAUGACAGCACCAACUUUACAUGGUCCAUCACACCUAAAUCCUAAUGCACCUCAUCCACCUCCCGGAAGUGGACAUCGUAGAAAUUCAUCGACAACUUCAAAUCCAUCUGUUCAUAAAAGAUCUUCAUCGUUUGGUAUACUAAGUAAAUCACCUAGUAUAAGUAGAUCUGCAAGCUUGACUACUAAAUCGACAACUGGACAAGGUAUUAAAUCUGCUGGAAUGCCUUAUAAAGUAGGAUUUCAACCUCAAGGUGUGAGGAACGACAGAACAGAAGAAUUUGUGGAAAGUAGGAAAUUAAAAGGUGAAGAUAGAGAAAGGGAAGAAGGUAGACUGGGUAGAAGAUGGGCUAAGCUCGUCGAUCUGCAUUUCAAUCCUACAACUCCAACUCCUACACCAAGCAUACCUACUCUCACUCGCUCGUCAUCCUCAACGUUCUCCAUAUCGUCACUUACCUCGGGAGGAGGUGACAGGAGAAGAUCCUUAUUGUCCAUUGAUGGCGCUUUGGAUGCAUUCAAGCCAAAAGAAGUCUGGAAGGGGUUCAAGAACGGUCCUGGACCUGGCGGUGAGGAAGGAAAAAAGAGGGCUGCGGAACAAGCUAUAGUCAAGUGGGAAGAUGACGGGGAAGUGAAGAAGUGCCGAAUAUGCCAAUCAUCGUUCUCCUUGUCAAAUCGUAAACACCACUGUCGAUUGUGUGGACGGAUAAUGUGUUCGUUACCACCUACACCAUCGACUCUAUUAGCUGUUCAAAUCCAGUUAUUCAGACCGGCGAAUCCUGAAGCUAAAUCAACAGAUUCUCAAGGCGGUCUACCGCCUGGAACUCGAAGAGAAAAAUGUUCCCUGUUAUUGGUGGCAGACUGGAAAACUGGGCGAGGUGAAGAAGUAGAAGAAGGUUUCAUAGGCUGGAUGAAAAUGAAUGACGGUAAUCAAUCUGAUCCAUCUCAGCCUAUACAUCACUCACCGAACCAGAAUCAAAACCAGAAUCAAAAUGGUAAUCCGCUAGGUAAAGAUAAGAGAUUAAGAAGAUCAAGAAUGAGUACGUCAAGCAUAAAUUCGACAACUGCACCGCCAACGAUUCAGGAAAAUAUGGAAAAAUCAAAUGAUAAUAGAGACAUACCAUUACCUCAACAACCCAAAGAAGUUCAAGUAAAAGGCGUCAGAGUCUGUAGACAAUGUUGGAAUGUUGUUUCACGGAAACAGAAAAUGCAGGAUAGACAAAGGGUGACAGGUUUUGCUAAAUUGUACUCUGCUUUGAGAACUUUACAAAGCGACAUUGAAGAGUUAAUGCCCGAAUUCGAAGAUCAAUUGGCUGAAUUGACUGAAUCUGAUAACCCUCUUAAUCCGUCUCCAGCAGUUCUGACAACACAUAAGCAGCUUUUGGCGUUAUUGACGCAAUACGAACAUCUCUCGAAGAGGAUAGGAGGAUUGACAUGCGAUGAGGGAUCAAGUCAAGCUGUUGUUCAAUCUGCUGUGGCCAGGUCUUCAGCUGGAUUCUUAGCCAAGGAAAUGGUCAAGCUUCAGACGCUCCAAAAGCUUCAAAAGAAAGCAGCGAAUGCUAAAAGGAAAUCAAUGAGGAUACAUGAACUUUCUCUAAAUGAUUCGAUGCAUGGAUCAUUGGAUGGGAGUGGUGCUUCCACGCCUACCUCUGAGAUAGAUCAUGAGAUCGAAGAUACCGCUAUGGUUUUACAACCUUUACUAGAGCAAGAAGCUCAAUUAGAAAUCUAUAUAUCCGACGCAAACGCUCAGAGAAAAUAUGAAGACUCAAAAGCACUCUCAGAGGCUUUAAGGGAUAUAAGGAUCGAAAUCGAUAGAAUAACUCAACGUGCUUGA